AUGAUGCAACCACCACAAGAUUCCACCCUCCUUCAAGAACCACCAGCCAAUAUCCCAGCCAGUACCAAAAACGGCAUUCCCAGUCAUCAUUUACCUUCUUCUUCCACAUGCGCAUCCGAACCUCUUCCACAAAUUAUUUACAAUUUUAUUGGAGGAAAAUUCAUGAGUGAUGAUUCCUCUCAUCAUUCCAUCCAUACCGAUGAAUGGAUCAUCAACAAAUCACCAGCCACCAAUCAAAUCAUUUCCUACAUUCCAGCCUCUUCCGAUCGUCAUGUCCAACAAGCCGUUGAUGCCAGCAAGAAGUGUUGGCGUGAACGAUCAUGGCGUGGACUUUCCGAAGAAGAACGUGCUCAAUAUCUAGAUAAAAUUGCCAAUGAAAUUGAGAGAAGAAUGGACGAAUUUGCACGUGCUGAAUCUCUCGAUACAGGAAAGCCUUUCACUUUGGCGAAAAAUAUGGACAUUGCUCGUGCCGUUUCAAAUUUCAGAUUUUUCGCACAAGCCAUCCGACAGAGUCAUACCAAGGCUCAUUUGAUGAGUGAUAAAGUUAUUAAUUAUACGACACGAAGACCUGCUGGAAUUGUGGGUGUGAUUGUUCCGUGGAAUUUGCCAAUUUAUUUAUUGAGUUGGAAGGUUGCGCCGGCAUUGGCUUGUGGAAAUUGUGUCGUGGCCAAAAGUUCAGAAUUGACUCCUCUCACGGCCAAUUUGUUGGCUGAGGUUGUGAGAGAUGUGAAAUUACCAAAUGGAGCUUUUAACUUGUUGCAUGGAUAUGGAAGAGAUUGUGGAAGAGCUAUUGUGGCUCAUCCUGAUAUUAAUGUGAUCACAUUUACGGGUGGUACUGCCACUGGAAGAGUGGUUGCAGAGUUGGCUUCUCGACAUUUUAAGAAAUUGAGCUUGGAGUUGGGAGGAAAGAAUCCAUUCAUUGUCUUUCCAGAUUGUGAUCUCGAUAAGGCCAUCGAAACUGCAAAACGAGCUGCCUUCUUAAAUCAAGGACAAAUUUGUUUGUGUGCUUCGCGUUUCAUUGUUCAUGAAUCCAUUCAUGAUCAGUUUGUUGAAAGACUCAAAAAACUCACUGAGGAGACUACAAAAAUUGGAAAUCCCUUAGAUGCUACCACCACCUUUGGUUCACAAAUUUCUCUCGAACAUCUCGAAAAAAUUGAAUAUUAUGUGAAAUUAGCUCAACACGAAGGAGGUACCAUUGUGACAGGUGGUAAACGUCCAGAUUUGACACAACACGAUCCACAACUCAAAGAAGGUGCAUUUUUCACACCAACCAUUAUCACUGGACUCGAUUACAAAUCUCGAACUGCAACCGAAGAAAUAUUUGGACCUGUGUGUACCGUUCACAAAUUCUCUACCGAUGAACAAGCUCUUGAAAUGGCCAAUCAUGUUGACUAUGGAUUAUGUGCCACUCUGUUUACUAACAAUUUAACACGAGCUCAUCGUUUCAGCGACGAAUUGGAAUCUGGAAUUGUUUGGGUCAAUACAUGGUUAUUGCGAGAUUUGAGAACACCCUUUGGAGGCAUGAAAAAGAGUGGUCUUCAUCGAGAAGGUGGAGAAUAUAGUUUGGAAUUUUACAGUGAGGAUAAGAAUAUUUGUAUUAAUUUAUAA